ACGGGCGCGAAUUCCGAAAAGCCACCGGCGCAAGUUCCGGCCGCUCUGCAUCGCUUCAAGAGCCGCGCCGGGGGGUUCCCGACCUGCUUCAUUUACGACGAGAAAACGGACCAGAUCAACGCAGAAGUAGAGGGGUUCUUGGUGGAGAACGACAUAAUUGGGCUGCC